AUGUGCAAAGGGCAACGAAAGUACAUGGACGAAAUGCUGGUCCGUGGAUGCAUAGACUAUCUGACUUGGGAUCUGACGUUUGGCAGUUUGCACUUGGACGGUGACCAGCAUUGUUUCCCGAUGUUCGAAGCCAGCUGGGGCACUGUCAGGUUCUGCGUGUGCAAAAUGAAGUAUUGUAGCGACGAACUGUCUUCACCGCCGCCAGCGUCUAGGUAG